CCUGUGUGCAAAGCACAUCGAGAACGUUGUGCGUCAACUGGCAGUUAGUCUUCCAAGCAAUCAGAAACAGUGUGCAUCGUGUGAGACUUGAACACACCAGCAGCAGGUCUGCACCUCCAAGAUGGAUUACCUCUCCAUCGCUUUGUCUUUGACAGCUGUACUUGUCGCCCUGUAUUACUACAGCACCAGAAAGCUCAGCUUUUUCAAGGAUCAUGAGAUCCCGCACCUUCCACCGACGCCAUUGUUUGGAAACCUGGGCUCGAUGUUCGCGAUGCGGAGCACCUUGUACGAUCUUCUGAAAAAGAUGUACUUCAUGAACACCGAAGCAAAGUACAUCGGCGUAUACGAGUUCCAAACGCCAGUAAUAAUGAUCCGUGACCUGGACCUGAUCAAGUCCAUCACCAUGAAGAAUUUCGAGCACUUCGCUGACCAUCGUGUGUUAGUGCAGAAGGAGCUGGACCCUAUGUUCUCGAAAAUGCUGUUCUCCAUGACAGGCGAGGAAUGGAAGGAGCACAGGAACAUGCUGUCACCCGCUUUCACCUCCAGCAAGAUCAAGAACAUGUUCCAGCUGAUGUCUCGUUGCGCGGUAAGGUUCAGCAAUUACAUAUCGAAGUUGCCGGAAAGCGAGCGUGAAACGGACAUGAAGGCCUUGCUGUCCAAGUACACCAACGACGUGAUCGCCAGCUGCGUGUAUGGCAUCUCGGUUGACAGCAUCAAGGAGCCGAAGAACGUCUUCUACGUGUACGGCAGGAUAGGUACAAUGUUCACGACCUUCAAGAAGAGCAUGUUCCUGAUAAUAAACAGGAACUUGCCCUGGAUUGCCAAGCUCUUUCGCCUAAAGAUGUUGGAAGGGUACGUAGAGAAAUUCUUCGCCGAGAUAGCGUUGAACGAGAUCGAAACGCGACAAAGGAAUGGGAUACACCGGUCGGACAUGCUUCAGAUGUUUAUAGAUACGAAUAACAAGAAGGAAUCCGGCAAAGGUAUGUCAGCGGAGAGCAUGGCCUAUCACGCUUUCAGCUUCUUCUUCGGUGGAUUUGACACAGUGGUCUCGCAAACCUGUUUCGUGGCACACCUUCUAGCCGAGAAUCCCGAUUGCCAGGUCCGACUGCAGCAAGAGAUCGACGAAGCGUUGGAGCAGAACGAUGGACAAUUGUCCUACGAUAUCAUACAGAACAUGAAGUACCUAGACGCUGUUAUCAACGAAACCAUGAGAAUGUAUCCGAUCGCCGUGUUCGUGGACAGGUUGUGCUUGAAGGAUUUCGACUUGCCACCCACGUUGCCUGGUUCUAAACCUUUCACCAUCAAGCAGGGGAUGAACAUCUGGGUCCCUAUUAUACCGAUCCAGAUAGAUCCUAAGUACUACGAGAACCCGGAGACGUUCGACCCCGAUAGGUUCUUAGAGGAUGGCAAGAAGAUUAUAAAUUCGGGCGCGUUCAUGCCGUUUGGCAUCGGGCCAAGGAUGUGCAUCGGCAAUCGGUUCGCGUUGAUAGAGAUGAAGGUGUUGCUCUGCCAUAUACUCGCUACGUGUAGCUUCAAAGUUGGGUCCCAGACUACGACCCCGUUGCAAUUGCAGAAGGGGUCGUAUAAUCUGACAAUGCAGAACGGAUUCUUCCUAAAGAUCGAGCCGAGGAAGAACCCAUAUUAUUCUACCGAGGUCAGCGAGGUCAAUGGAAUCGCCAAUGGCGGCGUAAAUGGGGUUGCUAAAAGUGUAAAUUAAAAUUGGACGAUAUUCUAUUGCUCAUUAUCUAACGUCAAUUCGUAUCUAAUCCU